UUUGUGUUUAACCUCAUUUUUUUGUGAUCUUAGCUUGUGAUCAGAAUACACCAAAAAAAUCUCUCCUGUCUGUGAUUGGCAAUUGUUAUGUUAACCUUCUUAAUUUCAUUUGAUUUGUUAAAAAGAAAACACCAGAAAAAUGGUGUUUUCCACAAAUUUGAGCCUAAUUAAACUAGAAGAGGAGGAAGAAAGAUUUGACGGAUUGAAACUGUAUUACGGAUGCGAGAAAUGCUCAUUUAAGACAAAACUCUUAUCCAGGAUAAGAAGCCACGCAAAAAUACACGAAAACAGCGAACAAAAAUUUAAUUGUUUAAGUAGUGGCCUUGAAAAUUACAAGUGUCACAAAUGCAUAACAUUUGAAACACAAUUCUUGUCACAACUGAGAUGUCACAUUUUUCAAGGUCACACAUCACAACAUGUCGAACCCAAAAGCUUCAAAUGUCACAAAUGUGAUUUCAACUCGUUUUCGCAAUUAUUGGUUAUGAGACACUCCAUUUUUACUAGACAUCAAAGGAGAAGCGUUUUGAAAUGUAAAGAAUGUGAUUUUGAAACUAGGGGUAUAACCAAUUUGAGAAGACAUGUGAUUUCUAGACAUACAAAUGCGUCCGAAAUCCAAUGGUUCAAAUGUAAUCAUUGUUCGUAUAAAUGUAAACUUAAGCAUAAUUUGAAACAACACAUGACCCACAAACACGAUUCUAAUUUUCGCUAUUCGUGUAAACUUUGUGAUUAUAAGGCUAAAGUGAAGUCUCAGUUCCAACAACACGUGAAUGCACGACACAAAGCCAAAAGUAGUGAAUCAUUGGCUAAGGGAGAUGUCAUUUUCACUAAAUAUCUACGAAAGAAACUAGGAGAGAAGGGAACUUACAAAUGUACAAAUUGCGAUUACGACAAUAAAAAUUUUAACACUUUUAAAAGACACGUGAUUUCUAAACAUUUGGACGAUUCUCAGAUCCAGUGGUUCAAAUGUGAACAUUGUGAAUAUAAAUCCAAAUUCAAGGGUAAUUUAAAACUACACAUUAUCGCAAAACACACUAAGACUCUUUUUCGGUGUAAACUUUGUGAUUGUGAYGAGAAAACAAGAUAUGAUUUGCAACAACACGUGAAUAAACAACACACGGCUCCUGAGGAUUGGUUUCACUGUGUCCAUUGUAGUUACAAAGCAAAAUAUAAAAAAUCAUUGGAUAAACAUUUAAAAAUACAACAUAGCAAUGGCAAACAUUUGUGAUUUUAAAUGUAAGACUAAAUCUCUUUUGAAAGCACACGUUAAGGUGGCCUUUAAAACCAAUGUCAAAUAUACCGAGU